CACAUUUACACUAGCUGUCAAAAUUAUAAACACAGACCGAACUAAAAAUUUGCAGUUUUCGAAAGUGCUUCAAUUUUUUAUCUUAUUUGGGGUGCAACUGCAAAAUUUUCAUUAAAUUCCAUCAAAAUAACCGGAAUCUUGAUUCUGGACCAUAUUAAAAACAAUAAGUUCCUUAGCGAGCCGUAGAUUAGCAGUGAACCAGGCAGAUAUAUAAGUAUGGAAUCGUUAGACGUAAUCUCCCAGCGAAUCGACAACUUGAACCAGCUGCUGGGACCGCUACCAACAACCGACGCCCAUGGCGAAAACCUAACAGAUGCCGUUCUAUCGGCGACAUCAUUUCUCCCUUCGGCCAGCACCGGACACUUAGCGGAUGGAAGUGCCCGGGACAACAUCUUGAAAACAUUCCAACGGAAGGAAGAGCUGGAAGCCUAUCUAGAUCCUGCCUAUCUUGACGAGAAACAAGAUAUCAAGGCCAAGGAAACCUACAUCAACACGAUUGCGAACGACUUGGCCGGGACCUUCGAAACACUGCAGAAGAUAAAAGCCCUGGAACCGACGCUGGGAGCGGAAUACUUCCGCAACUUGCCGGACGUUAGCGACCAGCUGAAAACCAUGACCAUCGGAACGGUCGAGCAGAAGCAGGCUAACGAUCUGCUGGAGAAGAGUCUGGUCAUUGCGAUGCAGCGCUACAGUGAGAUUCAGUCCGGGAUCAAGGAUUCGCUGAAAGCGAUGAACGAUCGGUUGGACAUGCUAGAGCAGCGGCUGGUCGAUCGAAAAAAGGAAGAUAAGGAUAUUUAAGAGGGGGGCAGAUCGAUUUCUAGCGGUAGAUGCAUUAUACUAUUUAUUUAUAUCGAUGCGAGUAUAUAUAUGAUAUAUAUUCUUUAACUAGAUUAUUCUUUCCAAAAUAAAAAAAAUACCUUGAAAUAUGAAAGCUUGAAAUUACGAAUUAAUAAAUUGAAAAUCUGCUUCAUAGGCAUAAAUCAUCAGAAGCAUUUAUUUAUAUGGCAGUUA